GACAGACAAGAAGCAUCGAUUCCAGAAACAGGGAAUUAAAGAAGAUGUUAAGUGGUCCGGGCACGGACUUGAUCACAACCGUGAUUGGUUUUGGAAUGAGUGCCACUUUCAUCGUGUUUGUUUGUACGAGGAUGAUUUGUCGGAGGAUUAGAGCAUCUCGAACCAGACAUCUCAUGUUCCAGGCUCAGUCCAGUGUUGAUAUUGAACAGCCGGAGCCACAAAUGAGAGGACUUGAACCAGUUGUGAUUGCUGCAAUGCCCACCGUUAAGUUCACUCGCGAGGCUUUCAGUUCCAUGGAAGAUGCACAAUGCUGUAUAUGCCUAGGCGAGUACGAGGAGAAAGAAGUACUAAGAAUGCUGCCCAAGUGCGGCCAUGAUUUUCACCUUACUUGCAUCGACGUAUGGCUAAAAAAACAGUCUUCUUGCCCCAUAUGCCGAUUACCGUUGCACGAUCCUCCAGAAUUCAACACCGCACAAUCAGACACGUGACAUCCAAUU